AUGAGCUCAAAGAAUCUAACCAUUGCUGCUGACAACACAUAUCAUACUACAGAAAAGUCUCUUAUGACUUCUAAUCCGCCGUCCCCAAAUCCAAGUAAAGUUUCUGAUGAUAGCGGUGAUAUGAUCAAACACGAAAAAAAUGAUAUUAUCAAUGAAGAUACUCUACUGAACAGUAAACCAAAAAUUACAGCACCAAAUAAUACCCCUGUUCAAAGUCCUCCUCCUAUAAUCGCGACAACAAUAAAUGAACAAAAUAAAAGACAUUCUAACUUUAUGAAAAAUCAUAAUGAUGAUAAAUUUACUGAGUUGAGCCUCAAUCCAAAUGAACUACAUAUCAGUAGUAGUAUCAUUAAAGACAAUAACAAUAAUAGUAAUGACGGCAACCACCAAAAUAAUAGUGCUGUUAUCACAAGCAACAACAACACCAACAAUUUUUUUGAUGAUAACAAAACUACAACAGCCACUACUAAUGACUCAAAAAAUUUCACAAAAUUUACAAAUACAGAUGAUAAUAUAUAUUCCUUAAUUGAUGCAAAUACAACAACAAUUAGAGGAACUUCAACCCCAACGACACAUUCAAGAACUAUCACCUCAGAUAUAAGAUUGUCAUCAUCGAGUACCGCAUCGCCGAAACCACCAAAAUUCGCCCUCUCUCCCUCCUCAUCUUCUUCAACAACAUCAUCUUCAUCUGCUUUGAAACAGCAACAACAUAAACCGAAAUUAAUUAAUUCAAAAUUAGACGAUCUAAAGACGAGGCUCUUAAAUGAUCCAAAUGACAAUGAUAUGGGGUCAGCUGCUCAAGUCCUAUCUUCUUUGAGAUCAUCUCCAUAUCGUUUCAGUUCUUCUGCCUCUCGUCCAACUUCUCGUUCUAUUAUUAAAUUAAAUAUUAAAAGAGAAGAAAAGGACCGAUUGGCAAAGGAGGAGGAAAAUUACAGAGCAAUGCAAGAAGAAGAAGAGGAAGAAGAAGAGGUAGAACAAGAUAAUGAUAAUGAUGAGGAAGAAAUAACAAAUGAUGAUAAUGAUAUGCAGAUAACAAGUAAAUUUAAAGAAGUCACUUGGAAUAAGAAUGGAAAACGCAUCAGUAAACCAAUUCCAAAAAAUAAUAAAACGAAAUUAGAUGAUGAGAGGAGAGAAAGCAAAAGAUCGAGAAGUGGUUGCUGGAUUUGUAGAUUACGGAAAAAAAAAUGUACCGAAGAAAAACCAAAUUGUUUUAAUUGUGACAGAUUAAAUUUAAAUUGUUACUAUAAUGAAUUAAAACCAGAUUUUAUAAUUGACCCAGAAAAGAAAAAAUUAAAACUUGAUGAAAUCAAAAAAUUAACGAAGGAGGCAAAGAGAAAUGCAAUGAAAAAGAAAAAAACUUGA